AUGGAGGACGAGGAGGGCUACACCGUUCUGAACCUGCGGCCCAAGGGGAGAGGCUCGGUGGUCCCAUCCUUGGACAGGAUCCAAGGUCCUGCAUGUCCCUGGUGGCAUCGGACAGCGCUGUGGGGCGGAUGGAUUGGGAAUAUUGUCCUGGUGGUUGCUGUGAUAGUGCUGGGGAUUUGGGUUUCCUACUUCGUGUCUGAGAAGGGCCAGACCCCGGCAGCCCCUGGGAGCGACGGAGCCGGGAGCAGAGACCCCAGCACAGCAGAAUGCAGCGCCCGCCUGGAGCGUUUCCGAUCCCAGCUGUGCCCCCCGGCCACGGCCGGCCCAGCAGGGGGCUCCGGGUGCAAACUCUGCCCCACGGACUGGCAGCUGCGCGGGGACAAGUGCUACUGGGUCUCCAGAGGAAGUAAAACGUGGAGCGAGAGCCGCGCCGACUGCUCAGCGAGGGGCUCCCAGCUGCUGGUGAUCCGGGACCGGGAGGAGCUGGAGUCCCUAGAGCACCUGACGCACGGUCCAAAUCAGUUCUGGGUCGGACUGUCCGUCCCCUCCCCGGAGAAGGCCUGGACCUGGCUGGACGGCUCCCGGCUGGAUCAGACCCAGCUCCCACUGUCAGGCCCGGCUGAGGAGAACAGCUGUGGGGUGGUGAACAGGAAUCGAAUUCGUUCUGACAUCUGCAGCUCUGCAUUUCAGUGGAUUUGCCAGAGAGACGCCAUCCCGCUCUGAACAGGGUCCCACUCUGAGCUCUCUUCCCCGGCCCAUCCACUGCUCCCGUCCGGCCUGUGACCUGACGCGCCUCUGCCCAUCCUGCCGGAACGGAUCGUUAACUCCUGUCACUAAUGAUGGGGUCUCAGCUUCCCCAGUCAGGCUGACAUGCUGUUCACUUGCUACCUCCUCAGAGCAUCGUUAAGGGGAUCAGAGCCCCGAUCCCAAAUGGAACCUUUCCAUGCAUGUUAGAAUCAUAGAAUCUUAAACUUUAAGGUCAAAAGGGACCAUUAUGAUUGUCUAGUCUGACCUGCUACACAACAGGCAACAGAAUCUCAC